UCACAGCUUAAAAAGAAACUUGCAUGCAUGCACUCGAUCGACGUUGACCUUAAAAAUACCUUGAACACUCAACGAACGAGCACUCACAUACCGCCUACAUCUAAGUUAGUAUUGCCCUAGUAUGUCUUAUAUGAAAUGGGAGGUACACUGCUUAAUCAAAAUAAUUCCUUCUUUCAGCUGCUGGUGCAAUGUCGGUCGCAUCGGUGGAAAGACUUCACUGUCCGUUGGAUUCGGUUGCGAAUACAAACACGUGAUGGUGCAUGAGAUUGGUCACGCGGUUGGCUUCUGGCAUGAGCAAAGUCGUCCUGACAGGGAUAGUUACGUCCAGGUGCUGAAGCAGAACAUACUGCCAGGUUUCGACAGCGCAUUUGCCAAGUAUGGACGAGAUCAAAUCGACUCACUUGGUUUACCUUAUGACUACGGCUCCAUCAUGCACUAUCCGUUUAACGCCUUCUCUAAGAAUGGCCAGCCAACUCUACGAGCGCUCCAUCCUUUGAAUGGGAAAACGCCUUACAAGGCCCUUAGCGCACUGGAUGCUGAGCAAACCAACAAGAUGUACGGUUGUGCUGCAAAGAAAAGAAAGCGACGACAGACUGGUAAAUAUAUCGGUGUUUUUUUUUUCCUUAUUUGCAACUUCGGAUCUCAGAAAAGGAAACUGACAGAGGCAUUUUUUUCUUGGUUUAUUUUGACAUCAUCGUGUUUAUUGAUUGUGCUAACAUCCCAGUCCGUCCAUUAUAAUAAUUCUGUAAUGAAAGGGCUAACACCUGAAGGUAGAACGAGGCCUUAUAGCACGAGCUGAGAGAGCAAUAGAAACCAUGCCCCUGUGGAGCCAAUGAAAUCAGAAGCUCAUUGCAGUUGCUGCUGCAGUAACUGGCAAUUUCUCAGCACGUGAUUACAGUUUGGUAGCUCCCAAGUCGCUAUUUAUGUAAUGAUUUGGUCGAGGAAUGAUUGGAUGCUAAAACGCAAGGUGAGCGGAGACCGUGAGAAUAGACGAAGGAACGAAACGACUGGAUACGACUUUCAAAAAAAAA